UGCGGACCGGGCGGGACCGUAGCCGGAGCGGAGCCGGGACUGUCGCGCGGGCCGCGCCGGCGAUGCCGCGCCCCCGGGCCGGGCUGUAGCGGGGCCGCGGCCGGAGUGUGCGCCGGGCAGGCCGGAUAUGGAGGUGGUGGACGAGACGGAGGCGCUGCAGCGCUUCUUCGAAGGCCACGACAUCAACGGUGCCCUGGAGCCCUCCAACAUUGACACCAGCAUUCUGGAGGAGUACAUCAGCAAGGAGGAUGCCUCCGACCUCUGCUUCCCUGAUAUCUCUGCACCUUCCCAUGCGGCCUCCUACUCCCACGGGCAGCCAGCAAUUCCCAGUUCCAGCGGGGUCCACCACCUGAGUCCCCCUGGGGGUGGACCCUCCCCGGGACGCCAUGGUCCUCUCCCACCCCCGAACUACGGUGCCCCGCUCAACUGCAACAACAACAACGGCUUGGGUGCCACUGCUAAGCCCUUCCUGGCAGGUUCUGGACCCCCCAUCAAAGCAGAGCCUAAAGCUCCCUAUGCCCCAGGCACACUGCCAGACUCACCCCCAGACUCAGGCUCUGAGGCCUACUCCCCCCAGCAGGUGAAUGACCCCCACCUUCUUCGCACGAUAACCCCUGAGACCCUGUGCCACGUGGGAGUGCCCUCCCGCCUGGAGCACCCGCCCCCACCUCCAGCCCACCUGCCAGGCCCCCCACCCCCCCCACCCCCCCCACCUCACUACCCUGUCCUGCAGCGGGACCUGUACAUGAAGGCUGAGCCUCCAAUCCCCCCCUAUGCUGCCAUGGGGCAGGGGCUGGUGCCCACCGAUCUUCACCACACCCAGCAGUCACAGAUGCUGCACCAGCUGCUGCAGCAACACGGAGCUGAGCUCCCCACUCACCCCUCUAAGAAAAGGAAGCACUCCGAGUCACCCCCCAGCACUCUCAAUGCCCAGAUGCUGAAUGGAAUUAUCAAGCAGGAACCUGGGACCGUGACAGCCCUGCCCCCGCACCCCACUCGAGCCCCAUCCCCACCCUGGCCUACCCAGGGUCCACUGUCACCGGGCCCUGGCUCUUUGCCUCUCAGCAUCGCUCGGGUCCAGACGCCGCCUUGGCACCCACCAGGCGCGCCCUCCCCAGGCCUCCUACAGGACAAUGACAGCCUUAGUGGCUCUUACCUAGACCCCAACUAUCAGUCCAUCAAGUGGCAGCCGCAUCAGCAGAACAAGUGGGCAACCCUGUAUGACGCCAAUUACAAGGAGCUGCCUAUGCUUACGUACCGUGUGGAUGCCGACAAGGGGUUCAACUUUUCGGUGGGCGACGAUGCCUUCGUGUGCCAGAAGAAGAACCACUUCCAGGUGACAGUGUACAUUGGCAUGCUGGGCGAGCCCAAGUACGUCAAGACUCCUGAAGGCCUCAAGCCCCUCGACUGCUUCUACCUGAAGUUGCAUGGAGUGAAGCUGGAGGCCCUAAACCAGUCCAUUAACAUCGAGCAGUCGCAGUCAGACCGAAGCAAGCGGCCCUUCAACCCUGUUACGGUCAGUCUGCCUCCUGAGCAGGUCACAAAGGUGACUGUGGGGCGGCUGCACUUCAGUGAGACCACCGCGAACAACAUGCGCAAGAAGGGCAAGCCCAAUCCUGAUCAGAGGUACUUCAUGCUGGUAGUGGCCCUCCAAGCUCACGCACAGAACCAGAACUACACGCUGGCUGCCCAGAUCUCAGAGCGCAUCAUCGUUCGGGCUUCCAACCCAGGCCAGUUUGAGAGCGACAGCGACGUGCUGUGGCAACGGGCACAGGUACCCGACACUGUCUUUCACCACGGCCGUGUGGGCAUCAACACAGACCGGCCGGACGAGGCACUGGUUGUGCAUGGCAACGUCAAGGUCAUGGGCUCGCUCAUGCACCCCUCGGACCUGCGGGCCAAGGAGCACGUUCAGGAGGUGGACACCACCGAGCAGCUGAAGAGGAUCUCACGCAUGAGGCUGGUGCACUACAGAUACAAGCCAGAGUUUGCGGCCAGCGCGGGCAUCGAGGCCACCGCACCGGAGACGGGUGUCAUCGCUCAGGAGGUGAAGGAUAUCCUGCCUGAGGCUGUGAAGGACACAGGAGACAUGGUCUUUGCCAACGGGAAAACCAUAGAGAACUUCCUGGUGGUGAACAAGGAGCGCAUCUUCAUGGAGAAUGUGGGUGCUGUGAAGGAGCUGUGCAAGCUGACGGACAACCUGGAGACACGCAUCGAUGAGCUAGAGCGCUGGAGCCACAAGCUGGCCAAACUGCGGCGACUCGACAGCCUCAAGUCCACCGGCAGCUCAGGCGCCUUCAGCCACACAGGGAGCCAGUUCAGCCGGGCUGGCAGUGUCCCUCACAAGAAGAGGCCACCCAAAGUGGCCAGCAAGGCAUCAUCCGUGGUCCCAGACCAGGCCUGCAUCAGCCCACGCUUCCUGCAGGGAACCAUCAUUGCCCUGGUGGUGGUCAUGGCCUUCAGCGUGGUGUCCAUGUCUACACUAUAUGUGCUGAGCCUGCGCACUGAAGAAGACCUGGUAGACACUGAUGGCUCUUUUGCCGUGUCCACUUCCUGUCUCCUGGCCCUGCUCCGGCCCCAGCAACCUGGGGGGAGUGAGGCCAUGUGCCCAUGCAGGUCCAGCCAGAGCUUUGGGACCACUCAGCUCCGACAGUCCCCUGUGACCACUGGGCUGCCAGGCAUACAGCCCUCUUUGCUGCUGGUUACUACCAGCCUGACCAGCUUGGCCCCAGGUCCUGCUGUCCGCGCCUUGGACCUAUGUUCCAGCCACCCCUGCCCUGUUGUCUGCUGCUCCUCACACACCUCUAGCCCUGCUACUGCCCCUGGUCUUGGUCCCAGCUUAAACCAUGGCCGUGGUCUCAGCCCCAGUCCCAUCCCCACUACCAACCGCUCAGGCCCCAGUCAGAUGGCCCUGCUGCCGGUCACCAACAUCAAAGCCAAGUCCUGGGGCUUUUCAGCCAAUGGGAUUGGCCACUCAAAGCAUUCCAAGAGCCUGGAGCCUGUGGCCAGCCCUCCAGUUCCCUUUCCAGGGUGGCAGGGCAAAACCAAAAACAGCCCCAGACUCAAUCUCCAUGGCCGGGCUCGCCGAGGGGCCCCACAGCCUAGCCUGGGCCCUGCUUGGUACACUCAGGCCCAGGGACAGCCAGCCUUUCUCCUUUCAGACCCAGUACCCUCCCUGACCUCCAUCCAGGUGCUGGAGAAUUCAAUGCCCAUCACCUCCCAGUAUUGUGCUCCUGGGGAUGCCUGCAGGCCUGGAAACUUCACCUACCACAUACCUGUCAGCAGCAGUACCCCACUGCACCUCAGCCUGACCCUACAGAUGAACUCCUCUUCCCCUGUGUCGGUGGUGCUGUGCAGCCUGAUGUCAAAAGGGGAGCCGUGUGAGGAAGGGACCUUUCCACAGCAUCUCUACACCCAUCAGGACACUCAGGGCAUCUCUCACCAGUGGCCAGUGACCAUCCUAUCAUUUGGUGAAUUCACCUACCACUUCCGGGUGGCACUGCUGGGCCAGGCCAACUGCAGCACAGAGGCCCUUGCCUGGCCAGCCACAGACUACUACUUCCGCUUCUACCGCUUGUGCGACUGAGCUGCCCUCCUGAGGUGGCACCACACCAGGGCCCAGGGGUCCUUGCACACUCCUCUCACACUGGAUGCAAUGGCGUUACACUGGAGCCUGCUGCCAGCCAGCUCUGCUAUACACUGGCCUGCCCCAAGACUGGGGAAACUGGAAGUCUUCACACUGGAGUUGCUGUUCCAGCUGGUCGGCCCUCACAUAGCAGAGGCAGCUGGAGAGACAGACUUUCUGGACCUUCCUGCCUGCCACCUCCUCUGCACCAGUUCACAUCUGUCCAGAUAUGGUGGUUAGAAGGCUGGCUUCAGGUGCACUGGAGGCAAGGGGAAGCUGUGACCCUGAUCUGUCCAGAGCCCACUCUCCUCUGCCUCCCUAUUUGAGACUGGGAACUACGAGGACCUGCCUGCCUUUGUGGUCAGCUGAGGGCCUGGAUCCAGCCCUAAAAAACUUGGCUGGACCCCUGUGAGUCAAUGGAGGACAGACAGCUUUCCCCCUGAAAGCUGCUCCAUGGGAGACAGCUUGGUACUGCACCUUUUGGGGUUUGACUGUUACCUAGACUUGGAAUUUUAAGCUUUAAGUGUGGACCAGGCAGUUGGCUCCCCCAAACACCCAGGGUAGCCAAGGGCAGCCCCGGAUGGGUCAGAGACUGACUUUGUGCCUUAAGUCCACUUAGUGCCUGGUGAAGCCACUCUCAGCCCUUCACAGGACAGAACCAAUAGCUAAAUAAGCCUUAGAUCCUUGAACUUGGAACAUCCCAGAAGAGAAAGUUCCCUAUGACCCCCUAGACAGUGUUGCUGGCCCACUACCUGUGUUCCUGGGAGUGUCCAGAGCUUCACAGUGGUAUUGGUGACCACAUCAUUCUUGCUGAGCAGAGGAGCUGGAACCCUGCAAGCAGCAGGCUGGUCUUGGCCGGCAGAGAGAUGCCAAUAGCUUUUGCUGUUAUUAAUGAAGUAAUUACUAAAUGCACUUAGAGCAGGGCAGGAAAGAGUGGAAGGACAGGGCUAUCAAGCCCACAGCAGGCCAGAGCGGUUCCUUGCUCCUAGGGAGCCUCAGAGACACCGCUCCCACUCCUGAGCACCAAGACUCUGGUCUCUCCCUCCAUUCUUGUCUGCUGGUGGCCUCAUCUCCACAAAUCAAAGGCUCCCUUGCUGGAGUCAAGCUGGAGGGAUCCACGCUCGGCCAUAGGCCCUGUCUGUCCAUCCCUCCAAGGAACAGGAAUGGUAGGCUUGGGUUAGGGAAGAGGUUUUAUCUCAAGUGCCAACCUCAACAUUUAAUAGUGGUGCCCGGAGCAUUCUGAGGCCAUGCCCAGGCUCAUGGAAGGAAUGUGGUUGUUGUUCAGCCAUAUCUGCCACAGGCCCAGAAACAGGAAAGGGAAUUACCAUCCAUGGCUUGUGGCACUCUGCCAGAUCUUCAGGUACCAAGCCUCACUCCCUCCUACCUCUCAUUCUCAGCUUUGAAUGGGAGGCCUUUGGGGGGAGGGGCUGAAUUCCUUGAAGCCUAUGAACUGCCGGACUCCCUUCUGCAUUGAUCUCAGAGCACUUAUCCUCAAGAUAGGAAGCACCAGAGUAUAUAGGGAUACCCUGCCUGCAGCCUCCUGCCCAACCGGGCUGCACUCCCUCACUCUUGUCAUAGGAAUUUGAGUCCCCACGCCCUUCAGGGGGCCUACACUGGCUCCCUCCUGCCCCAGGGGAAUCCUCUCAGCAAUGCCUUAAACGUUGAGCCCCGCCCCUCAUAAUAGGACUCUCUGGCUUCUUCCCUGUGGAUACGCGUUCUUGGACCUAGCCCUUCAGUCCUUAACUGGAAAGUGACCCUCCUCUGCCCUUCUGGAGUCCGUGAGACGCACUGUAGUCCCAGCCCCAUUAGCAGCUGGCUCUGUUUCCAUGCCUGGGGAGGGAUCCUCAGUGUAGGGGUUGGGCCAGGCUGGGACUCCAAAGCUGCUUGAGGGGGUCAACCUUGGACCAAAGUUGCCUUAAUAAGCCCAUGGUAAAAGAGACUCAGGGAAGGCGAGGGGGCUGCCUAUUGGAGGCUGCCAACUGCCAUGCUGGUACUAGGAUGUGGGGGUCUCACCUCCAGCCCCAACGUGGGGCCCAGCAGGCCACCCCUCCUCGUCUCCCUCCCCUUUCCUCUGGCCUGAUCUCCCCUAGCUUUAAGCUGUACAUAGAGCCUCCCCCUGCAAAUCCCCUGCCCCCACCACUCCCCCUUAGAAGCCUGCAUGUGCAUAGAGCACCUCUCCCAGUUAACUACCAGUUCCCUUCCCUGAGCGCUGAUUCAUAUUUAUAUCAUGUACCAACUUUUGACUCUGCGGUGGGCAGAGGAAGGCAGUCCUGAGCCUGCUUGCUUCCUGCCCUCCCCCAACUGUUCUUUUCUUCUGAAGUAAAUAUACAUAUAUAAAUAAAUGUAUAAAUACUGCUUUG